AUGGCAAACACCGCAAAACUCGCUCGAAAGCGCUUCAAACAUCUCUCCAGCCACCUCCUCAUCUACUUCGUCCUCUCCUGGUCCGUAGCCAACUUCGUCCUCGUCCUCUUCUCCACCGUCGCCUGGAUCACCGCCCGCAUCCGCGUCGUCAACGGGCCCUGCAACAAUCAAGGCGUCGGCUGCGACUUCACCCGCUGGGGGUUCUACCUCUUCACCGCAAUCAGCGCUGCCAUCAGCUCCACCACUGCCGCCCUCAUGGCCCUCAACACGCUCUUGCGCCCUCGGAACUCUACUCUCGACCCUGUAUGGGUCUUUCGCGGCGUCUUCUUCACGCUGAUUCCCCUCAUGACCAUGGUGUACAUUGGCUGGAGCACCCCGGACAAGCCUCCUAGCAUUCUCAAGUUCCCCCGUCAACUGGACUGUCUCGAAGUAGGUGGCCAAGAUCAGCUUCCACUUCGUGGUAUUGGCGGUGCCUUUAUCUUAGAAUUGAUAGACCCCUGGAAGGAGACGGCUCCGGCAUUCGUCGUGAUUCAUAUCAACUUGUAA